CUGCACACAGCUCAGCGUGGGUACUCAUAUUACCACCAGCUAGAAUGUAAACAAACGCCGGAGUCUAUCUUCUGAAUGCAUUUCACGUCUGUUGGUUUCGAUAAUGGUUUUACAGUAUGUACGUCUGGCGUUUCAAUAAGCGAAUUCUGGCAUUAUUCUGCGUGUUUCUACUCGUCUUCAUGUUCAUAACGUUCAGUCUAACUCAGAAUGAUAGACACACAAAGUUUACUACAUACUCAAGCAAACAAAACGCACUUGAACGGACACAAAUAUCAAUUGGCAACCCGCAUGGAUCGAGAACGCUCAAGGAAACCGCUAAAUCAACGUAAGUAGACAUUCAAUAAUACUAAAUCCCAAGUAAUUCUGUAGUGUCUUAUUCUUAAAGUGGAUUCAUAGAUGUAUAAUUCGAUCAUUCGCCACACAGGUGCUACUAUGGACCGGGUUUCAUUUUGCCAAUCUGUCAUCGGUUUUGGUUUAAUACAAUUAUUUUGUAGGCUAUGUUUAGAACACCAUUCGCUACAGUGUAACAUGAGAUUAUACUGUAUGCGUUUUCGCAUUCUGGGGUUAUAAAAGAUUGUUACAUAUUGACUGUAGCGCUGUAAUAUUUGAAACUUAUUCCACUACGUCUAUUAAAUUACUUCAGUCAGUUAUUUACUUUUUAAACAAUUAUACUAUACGCUAUUAUUAAACAUUAGAAUAGGCUAUCACGCUUUGCCUUCGGUAUUGAAAUAUGAGAUUGUAUACCGUUUUGCCUUUUGGUUUUUCAGGCUGUACCGUACGGUCCUAUUUUGUAGCAUUUUGUCGCAGUUUUGUAGCGCUUUGCCUGUUUCCGUCAGUUUAUAACAGAGGUGAUAAAGAGAAGUUAUAAUAAGCGUGGGAGGAAGCGUUGCGUUCUUAGUAUUGAGAAGCAUUUGAGAGCUACUAAUGGGAAUAUGUUACGCUUCGCUUGUUAUGAGAUCGAGAAUAAUAUAGUACUUGUGUGUUGUGAUUCCCUGAACUGAAUAUUUUAAUUACACUGCAAGCUUUCUCUAUAGGAAUAGACAUAGUAAAAACCGAACUGCGCAAUGAAUACAUAUGAAUUUAGCGCCAGUAGGUUUUCUAAUACUCUUCGUCUUGCAGGUAGUUCAAUCAGAUAUACAAUAUAAAUACAAAGCACAGUAGCGUAUAUAUCAAUGUUUCGGUUUUGCAGUGAGUUAUGGUUAAACAUGGCGUGUUGUAUGACUUGUAUCGACUGAUAAUUAAACUGCUAUCUCGCGGAGACAAAGUAAUUGUUAGCCAAUGUCACUGUCGGAAAUGCCUGCGCUAAUGCUGACAAUUUCUGUUCAAAUUAGUUCAAUCACCUAUUGUAUUUGUAGACAUAUUCUAUGCAUGUCUGUACAUAUCCGUAUAUUUAAAUAAAGCUGGUUUGCAUGGCAGAACGAUUUUUCAGUUUUUCUAAAUUUAUCAGGGGAAAAUACGCUCGUCCGUGUAAGUUAUGUGACAACUCGGCUAAAUAUUAAAGACGGCAACAUUACCACGCGAACAGCAAUGUAAAUAUUUCAGUUCUUUUUGGAAUAAAAACUAUUUGUUCUCAACUUCUCAGACAGGAAAAUAGUUUCUGAAGGUUAAAUAAGAUAAGAAGGGGAUUUCCGUUCGGAGUUUAAACUGAUAGAGGGCGAAGCAAAGCAGCGGACAUUUCCGUUCUUAUGUGUUUUGCUUGUAGGGAAUUUAUUUGCAAAGUGAUUUUGAUUUUCUCGCUCAUUGGUGAGCGGAUUUCCCAACAGACUAUUAUGCCCAAUUGAUAUAGGGUAUCCGAGGUACCUACGAUUUAACGUCCUUAUCCGAGAAGACGCGAAAGUCUAACCAUUUACUGAUGUCAAUGUAAAGGUAGCACUUUCUCCUCAAGUAUUUUAAGAUCUUGAGUAGAGGUGAGGUCCGACCAAGGAUUUAACCCGGGUCUCCCAGCUUGAGCAAGCGUGGUAAACCACGAAGUGCUGGUUAAAUAUCAGGAUGUGUUCGCACUGCUUGUUCCCAGUUGUUGUGACAAGUCUGGAACAAGUUGUUAUCACCUUGUUACAAGGUUGAUGACGGUAACAAACUUGUUGCUACAAACUUGCUACAAGUUGUUCCAACAGAACUAACACAGACUGUUCGUAACAAGUUGCUACGAGCUUGUUGUCAUCAACUUGUUACGUGCAGACGAUACCAGACUUGUUGGAACAACUUGUUGCGAGUCUGUUGGCCUCAUCAACCUUGAUACAAGAUGAUAACAACUUGUUGCAGACUUGUCAACAACUGGGAACAAGCAGUGCGAACACAUCUGAGGCCCAACCAAGGGUGUAACCCAGGUCGCUUGUCACUCAUUUUGUAGCUGCUUUGUCGCUUGUUUUAUUGUAAUAAAUGUCGCUGUCACUUUUGACCCAUAAUACAAAUCGCAAUUUGUCGCUUUUUCCCAGUCCAGAAGCGGUCGUUUGUCGCUCUUUUUUAGAUAGUCUGUCGCCUCUUUUUAAAGAAUGUCGCCUGUCGGUCAUAACCCCUUGGCGGGCCUCAAAUCUUGUUGACAAGCUGUGAGCAUGGUUUCCCCAAGGAAGGGACAUGCAUAAGGUCCUUUUUUACACUCAAUUCGCCUACUUCUAACCUCUCCAAGCAUCCGAUAAAUUGUCAUUACCUCCUCCAAGACGUUAAGUUUUCAUAUCCGCAUUUGCCGUAUGUUCUGUGUUUGUCUGUCAGGCGAUAAGAGUUUGUCUUGCUUCUCCGGGCAGGGUAAAUUGCAUGCGUAAUUAGACAACUUGCAUGUUAGACUAAUUUUUUAUUUAGGCAAAAAAAGUAAAUUCCCGUGAAGAACUUAUUAAAAUCAGUAAAAUUGCAAAAUUUGGUUAUGAAAUGUUGUAAAAUACACAAACUGAUAUAGCCUUGCGAAGUUUGCAUAUUUUCAGUGUUUGAAAAAUAUGAGCCGAAAAUGGUAACAAUUUCCGCACGUAAUACAAACAUACUGAAAAUGUGCAAACUUCGCAAGGCUAUAUUUUCCGUAUUUUACAACAUUUCGCAACCACAUUUUGCAAUUUUACUAAUUUCAUUAUGUUCUUUUUAACUGUUGUGUUUGAUUCCCUAAUCUCUUUACUUAGAUUAAAAUUUAGUCUAACAUGCAAGUUGUCCAUUGCUCUUAUAAUUAGGUGGCGGUGGUUGGCACCAAAGAGGAGUGCUGAUCCAACCAUUAAAAAGUUUAAAACAUUUUUGACACCCCUGGCCAAAAACUUGACAAAAAGGAUACCAUUCGGUUGUCACACAUGUCCUUUACCACUUCUGUGACAUGAGUUCGAUAACUGCUUGUGCAAUUUUCUGCAGUCUAAAGUUUCAUGUUGUCUGCACAUGUACUUUCUUUGGAGACACCAUUUGCCUUCUAACAAAUCGGAAAAUGAUCAAGAUUGUGACUUUUAUAUUGAUUUACAUGUUGUAUUAACAUAUGACUGUUGACAUUACUUUUACGCCUGUAUUCUAAAAGCUCUCUCACACUCACACUCAAUGAGUGGAGGUUCAAUCUGAACUUCUCUUGAGUGUCAAUGCUGUUUUUGAAUAGCUGGAGGAUGAGUAGUCAACGAGUAAGGUAUGAAACUACCCCUCCAGCUAUUCAAAGACAGCAUUCACACUAAAGAGAAGCUCAGAUUGAACCUCCACUCAUUGAGUGUGAGUGAGCUUUUAGAAUACGGGCGUUAGUCUUCAAUAUUUGAGCGAGUCUUGUUUUGGAAAUGGCAGUAAAUUUUUAUUACAAAACACGUAUCAUAUAGCUGUUUUGGUGGCAUAGCGUUGUACGUGAUAAGCGAGUUGUUAGUUGAGCGUCGAUUUAUGGUUGAAGUGAAACUGUCAACUUCUGUUUCAGAUCAUCAUCAACAACAUGCAAUCCCAAAGAGCCAACCAUGGACGUUGCCGCAGUCGUUUGCGGGAAUCGCCUCGAAGAAGCAAUGAACAUGGUCAAAUCUAUCCUGAUCUUCACAAAUCAUCAAGUGCAUUUCCACAUUGUUGCAGAACGCGAACUGCAGGAUGGAAUUAAGAAAACGUUUGAGAAUUUUCCUUCCAGUGUGAAGCAGCAUUUUCAGUUUACUAUUUAUAAUUUGUCUUAUCCUCCUGGCGAAGAUACGAAAACAUGGAAAAAAUUGUUCAAGACUUGUGCGUCUCAGAGAUUGUUUUUAAUGGUAAUUAUUUACUAAACUACACGCGUAAAAAUUUCACAUCUUGUAGCAAGUCUGCCAACAAGCCGUCAACAAGUUGUGUUCGCACUGCUUGUUCCAAGUUGUCAACAAGUUUGGAACAUAUUAUUAGCACUGAUGAAGAUCCAGGCUUACGGAUCGAAAGCUUUGCAGUAAUAAAUUUCACGUGGUGUCCCCACAAACAAAACUAUUAUAAUGAUAUUUUCUGUGUUGGUGCAAUGUACUCAGGUGAAUAAGAUGCUUCUGAUGUUACUCUUAGUGUAUAUCCACACCGGGCAAGCUUGAAAAAUAUGCCUGACCACGGUGGGAAUCGAACCUACGACCUUUGGAAUACUAGCCCAAUGCUCUGCCAACUGAGCUACGUGGUCUGGUCGGUUCGAGUAUGUGAUAUUUCGGAACAGAAUCUAGUUCCUUCGAUAUCGAUGUAAUCUAGUAAUAAUGAUAUUUUCUGUGUUGGUGUAAUGUACUCAGGUGAAUAAGAUGCUUGUGAUGUUACUCUGAGUGUAUAUCCACACCGGGCAAGCUUGAAAAAUAUGCCUGACCACGGUGGGAAUCGAACCUACGACUAGGGCUUGUGAUGUUACUCUGGUGAUGUUACUCUGGGCUAGCAUUCCAAAGGUCGUAGGUUCGAUUCCCACCGUGGUCAGGCAUAUUUUUCAAGUUUGCCCGGUGUGGAUAUACACUCAGAGUAACAUCACAAGCAAAACUAUUACAAGUUUGGAACAAGCUGUGAACAACUUGUAACAACCUUGUAGAUACUAUCAAACUCGUUGCAAGGUUGUUCCAAAAAGUCCGAUACAGUCAUGAUAUAACAGUAUUGUUACAACCUUGUGACAUCAACCUUGUAACAACUUUUUUACGUGUGUAAGUAAAAAUACACAAGUUGUUACAGGUCUGCAAACAAGUUGUUAGAAAUCUGUUCACAAGCUGUCGACAAGUUGUGUUCGCACUGCUUGUUCCCAGUUGUUGUAACAAGCUUGAUGGCAUUAUCAGACUUGUUACAAGGUUGUUCUAAAAAGUCUGAUACAGUCAUGAUAUAACACGAAUGUCAAAAGGUUGACGACACUAGGUUGUGACAAUACUUGCAACAAGUCUGAUAAUAUCAACAAGGUUGUUACAAGUUGUUAACAGCUUGUUCCAAACUUGUUGACAACUUGGGACAAGCAGUGCGAACGCAACUUGUUGACGACUUGUUGGCAGAUUUGCUACAAGAUGUAAGAUUUCCACGCGUGUAGUGCCAAUUUGUAGUUCCCAGUUGUUCAGAAGUCUGGAACAAGAUGUUAUCAUCUUGUAGCAAGGUUGAUGAGGUCAACAGACUCGCAACAAGUUGUUCCAACAAGUCUGAUAUCGUCUGCACGUAACAAGUUGUUAACAAGUUGAUAACAAGCUCGUAGCAACUUGUUACGAACAGCCUGUAUUAGUCUUGUUGGAACAACUUGUAGCAAGUCUGGUAUCGUCAUCAACCUUGCAACAAGGUGAUAACAACUUGUUCCAGACUUGUCACAACAACUGGGAACAAGCAGUGCGAACACAUCCUGAUAUCGGCUUCACAACAACCUUGUUACAACUUGUUUUUGCAGAUCUCUAACAACUUGUGCAUUUUUACAGUACGUGUGCAAUCUAUCAAUCUAACUUUACUUAUCGUCAAUUCAGCAACAAGCUUUCUUUUGCAUUUCAGGACUUCAUAAAACGAGACAAACUGCUAUACUUGGACACAGAUACAUUGGUACUCAGCCCAUUACAAAAACUUUGGGAUCACUUUAGUAAAUUUAACAAGACGCAACUUGCAGCAAUGACAACCGAGGGUGAGGUUGCAUCGCUGAACUGGUAUCACAGAUUCGCGAGGCAUCCGUUUUAUGGAGAAUUGGGCCUCAACUCUGGUGUCAUGUUAAUGGACUUGAAAAAACUCAGAGAGCUUGAAUUUACGCAGAGGAUUAUUGAGAUUUACAGAGAGUAUAAGUUUAAUAUAGUAUGGGGUGAUCAAGAUUUGCUAAAUAUUUACUUCAACAAGCAUCCAGGUAGGAUGACAUUUAAACUGACUUUAUUCCUUCGGACAGCUUCUAUGAUCAAACUUCAUCCUAUCCCAGGACUGAAUGACUUGAUCAAACUUCAUAAGUCCUACGACUUGAUCAAACUUCAUCCAGUCCUAGGACUUGGUCAAACUUCAUCCAGUCCUAAGACUUGAUCAAACUUCAUCCAGUCCUAAGACUUGAUCAAACUUCAUCCAGUCCUAGGACUUGAUCAAAACUUCAUCCAGUCCUAGGACUUGAUCAAACUUCAUCCAGUCCUAGGACUUGAUCAAACAUCAUCCAGUCCUAGGACUUGAUCAAACAUCAUCCAGUCCUAGGACUUGAUCAAAACCUCAUCCAGUCCUAGGACUUGAUCAAAACUUCAUCCAGUCCUAGGACUUGAUCAAACUUCAUCCAGUCCUAAGACUUGAUCAAACUUCAUUCAGUCCUAGGACUUGAUCAAAACUUCAUCCAGUCCUAGGACUUGAUCAAACUUCAUCCAGUCCUAAGACUUGAUCAAACUUCAUUCAGUCCUAGGACUUGAUCAAAACUUCAUCCAGUCCUAGGACUUGAUCAAACUUCAUCCAGUCCUAGGACUUGAUCAAAACUUCAUCCAGUCCUAGAACUUGAUCAAACUUCAUCCAGUCCUAGAACUUGAUGAAACUUCAUCCAGUCCUAGGACUUGAUCAAAACUUCAUCCAGUCCUAGGACUUGAUCAAAACUUCAUCCAGUCCUAGAACUUGAUCAAAACUUCAUCCAGUCCUAGGACUUGAUCAAAACUUCAUCCAGUCCUAGGACUUGAUCAAACUUCAUCCAGUCCUAGGACUUGAUCAAACUUCAUCCAGUCCUAGGACUUGAUCAAACUUCAUCCAGUCCUAGGACUUGAUCAAAACUUCAUCCAGUCCUAGGACUUGAUCAAAACUUCAUCCAGUCCUAGGACUUGAUCAGAUUUCAUCCAGUCCUCCUAGGGCUUGAUCAAAACUUUAUCCAAUCCCCAGGACUUGAUCAAACUUCAUCCAGUCCUAGGACUUGACAAAAUACACUUGACAUGACAUUAACCAAUUUUUUUCCAGAUCGGGUGUAUGUGUACCCGUGUGAAUGGAACUACAGACCAGAUCACUGCAUAUACCAGAACAACUGUAAUUCUGCCAUCCACAAUGGCGUGUACGUUCUCCAUGGCAACCGAGGCGUAUUUCACAACGAAAAGCAGCAAACAUUCAAAGCAGUUUAUAACAUCAUCAAGGACUAUAAAUUUGGUCAGAGUAUUGAGACAGAAAUAGUUUCUAAAGUAUUGAAAUUCGAGAAACCGGUUUCCGAUCGUUAUUGUCAGCUUAUGGUGAAAAGUUUUGUGAAAAAUAUGUUGCAGCCUAAUGGGUGAAGGGUCAGGUAUUUUUUGUUAGGAUAUUUAACGUUUGAUAUUUAUAGAUGGCAAUAAAUUCUUAUUUAUUUUGUAUACAGUUAAUUCAAGAACAGUUUAGAAACUGUUAUUCGAAAGAACUUUUAAGUACCGUUUAAAACCUGAGCAGGAUUACAUGGAGAGUUUUCAGCUGAAAUUACCCGAAAUUAUUAAGAAAUAAAAUUAUUAAGAAAUUAUUAAGAAAUUAUUAAGAAAUUAUUAAGAGUUUUCAGUUGAAGCUACCCGAGCUGAAAAUUUCAUCCCUGGUGACCGGGCUGAAAAUGUUUUAUUGGACAAAAGGUUGAUUGGAUUAGCUGUAUACGUUAUUUAAUAUUUGUAUAGACAAAAUAUUCUAUAUUGAUAAAACCUAGUUGUAAAUUUAUGUAUUAAAAAUUAAACUUUACGCAUCUUAUUUUCGUAUUGAUCACCACAACCAAAAGAGUUUUGUACAAAACACAGCCCAGGCCCAGGGGACCUUUUCUCGGCUGGCUUUGGUCAAUUUUGGGCUAGUAUUUGGUACGGUUUUCGGAUGUAAAAAAGCGCUGGAAUUGAAAAUAGAACGACUAUAUACAAGGCUCUGCACGCGCUUUGUGUGUUGUGUGCGCUCAACGGCUCAAGCAAAUCGGAGUCUAUUUGAAAAAAUAUUGCCUAAGGAAAAUCACAUGGCAGAUUUAUACCUAAUUUAUAUGAUAUUUUCUUGGGAUUUUACAUGGAGAGGCAUUCCGGAAUUUCCUGCCCAAAGUUGCCUACGGCCAAAGACCUGGCCAACGUUUCACGGAAAAAAAUCGGAUGAAAUUUUGGCAGCGCGGAAUUCCAGAAUGCAUGCAUGAAAGUGUCCUCCCUCCUACCUCAUUUGUACUUUAUACCCUGUAGCUUGCUGGCAAGAUGCCGGCGUAGUUAUUCGUGUCAUUGUGUACCUUCCUACGGACAUAUUAUAAACUACACACGUAAAAACGCACAAGUUGUAACAAACCUGCAGCAGACUUUUGUAGCAAUGCUGUUCCAACAACUUGUCAACAGGAUGUGUUCGCACUGCUUGUUCCCAGAACAAGUUGUGAGUGACAACCUUGUAGCAACUUGAUAAAAUAACAGCAUUGCUACAACUUGUUGACAAACUUGCUACAAGCCUGUUGCGAACACAUCUUGUUGACAAGUUGCGACAUUUUUACGUGUGUAGAACGGUUUAUACUGUAACCCAAGAUGGUUUAGGAUAAACCGAUUGCCUGGGUUCCCGCUGUAUACAUUGAAACUACUCUUGUCAAAUUCCUUUCACAAACUCAUUACUUCAGAGUGAGAAGUGUACAUGACAACUCUCUUCACUGGAACUUCACUAACGCUCACGUGAUAUCCUCAUGAUACCCGUUUCAAUUGCACGUGAUAUCCUCGUGAUACCUGUUUCAAUUGCACGUGAUAUCCUCAUGAUACCUGUUUCAAUUGCACGUGAUAUCCUCAUGAUAUCUCUUUCAAUCGCACGUGAUAUCCUCGUGAUACCUGUUUUAAUUGCACGUGAUAUCCUCAUAACACCUUUUUCAAUGUCUUCACAAUGCAAUGGGCUCCUUCAUCUUCGAUUAUUUCACCGUUGAUGAAAUGCAAACGUUUUCAACUUGGAGCACGAGGUUCACU